AUGAGCUUGCCUGUAGCUUGCUAUGGCAUGCAUUUCCCAAACUGCAGUUCCUCUGCUAUUCCUGAAAAGACAGAUCACCUCCCGGGAUACACAGUGCUCACAGUACGAGCAUCCCUCAAAACUAGGCAUGCAGAGACAGAGGAGUCUGCAGAAUCAGAAGGUGUAAUUGAUUCUCAAAAACAUAGAGAAAUCCUUUCACGAAGACCCUGUUAUAGAAAAAUACUGAAUGAACUUUCCUCUGAUGUGCCUGGUGUUCCCAAAAUUGAAGAAGAAAAAUCAGAGGAAGAAGGAACGCCACCUAACAUCGCUACCAUGGCAGUACCGACUAGCAUAUAUCAGACUAGCACGGAGCAAUACAGUAUGUAUGCUGCAAUUCACUAUGUUACAGUGCUAGCUUUAAGUCUUCUCUAGUUACAUUGAAGCAACGUGGGUUUGGCAUUCAAUUGUUCCAUUUAAAAAGGCAUCAUAAUAUCUAAACUGUGUGUAUCAUAGAAUGAAAAGUACAUGUUAAAGAAGUAAGAG